UGACGCUGCUUCGGGCGUCCGGCUCCUGAUUGGUGAGCGGCUCUUCCCGGAGCUCAGCACCGCCUACAGGCGAGCAACCCCGCCACAAUGUGCGCUGUUGAUUGGAGAAAAGUCGGUUCAAAAAGUCCGCUAAAACUGAGGGAGGGCCGCCCUCUGCUGCUCUGCUGGAAGCUUUUCUGGUUGGUCUGCCAGGAAACGUCACCACUGAGGGUGGACAUAUAAAGGAGAGCCUCUGCUGCUUGAGACACAUUUUCUUUGAGUCUCGAUUCAAGGAAAGCAAUCAGCAAAAAUGAGUGGCCGCGGAAAAACCGGAGGAAAAGCCAGAGCUAAGGCAAAGACCCGCUCUUCUCGUGCAGGGCUCCAGUUCCCAGUGGGCCGUGUUCACAGGCUGCUGCGUAAAGGCAACUAUGCGGAGCGUGUUGGUGCCGGCGCCCCCGUCUAUCUGGCGGCUGUGCUGGAGUACCUGACCGCUGAGAUCUUGGAGUUGGCUGGAAACGCUGCCCGCGACAACAAGAAGACCCGUAUCAUCCCCCGUCACCUGCAGCUGGCCGUCCGCAACGACGAGGAGCUCAACAAGCUGCUCGGCGGAGUCACCAUUGCUCAGGGUGGUGUGCUGCCCAACAUCCAGGCUGUUCUUCUGCCCAAGAAGACCGAGAAGCCCGCCAAGAAGUAAACCACUACGGCUUCAUUAACAUCAAACCCAACGGCUCUUUUAAGAGCCAAACACUACUUCAAGAAAGAGCAAAUAUUUCUCUUUCCGUGGAAAGCUGCUGAAACAAAACUAUAGUGGUUACAUCAUUUUAUUUAUUUGCCUGAUUUUUGUCCCAUGUGCAGCUGUAUUCCUUGUGACAUUAUGAUAUUAAUUUUACAUUAAACUAACCCAUUUUACUCAUUUCGCAAUCCCUUCAACUUCUACUGAAUCAUUUCGCUUCCUGCCCGAUCCGGUAUGGGCGAUACUAAUUCAAUAUCGUGCAAAUACGCCUAAUAUGUCCGGUAAAUCAUGAG